CUACAUACCUGUUUUUCUAGUGUAUGUGACUCAUGUGGAGAAGAAUGUCCUCUCAUGUUGUGUGUAUUACUUAUUACUGUGUCACUUAAAAGUGAGCUGAAAUAGUUCAACCUGCAGCAAUAUGUCAAAUCUGCAUUACAUUAACAUUAAUGCUGUACAUGGUCCCUUGCAGAUAUUUGCAGCUGCAGUAUUUCAGGGCUCACAGAAACAGUCCUGUUUUGUUAAUCUGUCUAUUGAAAUGUCACGGCAUGUGCUCCUGGCUGGUGUGUGUGUGAAGUUUUAUUAACUUUCUCUCCCAAUUUUAAUCCUCCUCAGAUUGUAUUAAACUCAGACUUCACUUUCUCUUCAUCUUCCGUUCUUAAACCCCCACCUUCAUACCUCUGAUUCACUGUGCAGACUGAUGCAUUCUAAGAAAGACUUGAACAUCUUCACUUCACAUCAAAGCACACUCUGGGUUCCUGUUUGGUUAUGAGCCAAUAUAAAUUAUUUUUCAAUAAAUAACCAUUCAUUCAUUUCUAUGUGGCAUCCUCUCCUAUAAAAAAUGACUCUCUCUUUUAUUUAAAUUUUGUGUCCCACAGGGUGUUCUGUCCAGCAGUCCUCCUCUGUCUGUAUUCCACCUCCUCUUGCUUACCUCCACCCAUCGCUCAGCUAUGUCGGGCGACAUUCUGCAGCGGUUCAGCACUUUGCCCGUAAGCAUCAAACACCUCAGCCGCCUGCCCAAGUUCUCUGACCUCAUCCCUUCCUCCAUUCCUUCACCCAGCCCCACCGUCGCCGCCUCCCAGGUCCCCAGCCUGUUCCGAGAGCCCUACAUACUUACGGGCUACCGUCCCGUCCAGCAAGACUGGCGCUGCUACCUCCUCAGCCUCUUCCAAAGACACAAUGAAUCCCUGAACGUGUGGACUCAUUUGUUGACUGGUCCAGUGCUGCUGCUCCGCUGGUGGGCCAACGUAGGUGCCCUGGGGUACACCUUGGACACAGCCUCUCUACCUCUAAGCAUCUUCCUGGUGUCUUCUCUGACCUAUCUGUUCUUUAGUGUGGCAGCUCACCUCUUGCAGUCUCACUCUGAACAUGCACACUACUUUUUCUUUUUCAUGGACUAUGUGGGUGUAGCUGUGUAUCAGUAUGGUUGCUCACUCGGACAUUAUUUCUACACGUCAGAGGCAGCGUGGAGAGAAAGCUGCAUCGGGCUGCUGUUUCUACCUGGAGCUGCCCUCUUUGGGUGGCUCUCCUGUGCGGGCUGCUGUUUCGCUAAGUCCAGGUACCGGCGGCCGUAUCCAUUGCAGCGUAAAAUCUGCCAGCUGAUCCCAACCACCCUAGCGUACAUGUUGGACAUCAGCCCCGUAGUCCACCGCCUGUUCACCAACUCCUGGGCACAGGAGCCCUCCUUGCCCUUCCACGCACUCCAGAUUGUUUUUUUCCUACUGUCUGCCCUCUUCUUCUCCUGUCCCAUCCCUGAGCGCUUCUUUCCAGGCCACUGUGACUUUUUGGGUCAGGGUCACCAGAUCUUCCACCUGUUUCUAUCCCUGUGUACCGUGUUCCAGCUGGAGGCUCUGUUCCAGGACUAUGCUAGGCAGAGGGAUACAGUGGUGGAGGUAUUUGGAGAGAGGCAGCUGUGGUGGGCUUGUGUAUUCUUCCCCGCUCUAUUCCUGUGUUGCACUUUGACAGCACUCAUCACAAUGAGGCACAUUAAAAGUAAGCUGCAGGGUAAACAAGAGAAAGACAAGUGACAAGUUUAAGUGUGUGUGUUUAUGUGUCUGUGUGUUUGUGAGAGGGAUAAAGAGAGAGAGAGAGAGAGAGAGAGAGAGAGAGAGAGACAAAACGGGGUUGGGCUUAAAUGUACCAAAUUAUAUUAACAAUAUAAUAAAAUAAGGCCGUCUUUAUAUGUUUUU